AUGAUGUUCUGGUCUCUUCCAGUCGCACUGCUUCCUGCCCUGGCGAGCGCCUUCCACCACGGGAAGCCCCAAAACAACACCUUCGACUACGUGGUUGUCGGAGGAGGCACUGCUGGCAUUCCUAUAGGAACGAGACUGGCCGAGGCAGGCUACACAGUCGCCAUCGUCGAGGCUGGCGGUUGGUAUGAGGACUCGGAACCCAUUAUCUCGUCUACUCCAGCCUUCGGCUUCGCGAACAAUGCCGCAAAUGACUGGGGCUUCGUGGUCGAGCCCCAGCCGGGAAUGGGGGGACGAGCCUUUGGCUAUCCCCGAGGGAAGUGCAUGGGAGGCUCCAGUGCACGCAACCUGCUUAUUGCUAAGAAAGACAUCAGAGCUCCGGUCGGCUCGUUCCAGAUGUGGGCCGACAAGGUCAACGAUCAGAGCUACUCAUGGUCUAAAUUUGAGAGAUGUUUCAAGAAGGGCACCAGCUUCACAGCACCAGAUCCCGAUCGCCGGGCUCUCAAUGCGACCCCUGGAUAUCAGUCAGACGCAUUCUCGUCUGGCAGUGGUCCGCUGUCGGUUACGUACGCCAACUGGGCGUCGCCAAUCUCCAGUUGGAUUCAACGAGCCAUGGAAGCCGUCGGCAUUGACGAUGCCGGUGACUUCAACAGCGGGGAGAUCAUCGGUUCCCAGUACUUCGCCCUCACGACCAUCCCAGGGACGCAGGAGCGCGCGUCCGCCGAGAACACAUAUCUGAAGAAAUUCCAGGACCUGCCCAACCUGACUGUCUACACAGAAACCUUGGCGAAGCGGAUCCUCUUUGACGACAGCAAGACUGCCACGGGAGUGGUGGUAGAGAUAGCGGGUGUUGAGCACACGCUUGCCGUCGAUAAAGAGGUCAUUCUAUCCGCCGGAGUCUUCCAGUCCCCUCAACUGCUCAUGGUAUCCGGCGUCGGACCAGCGGAUAGUCUCAACUCUUUCAGUAUUCCCAUUGUCCAUGACAGUCCAUAUGUGGGACAGAACCUGGUCGACCACGUCUGGUUUGGCGCGGCAUAUCGCGUCGGCGUCCCCACGUGGACCGAAUGGGUCAACGAUGGGUUGAAGAUGCUUCAGCUCUAUGUCGAUGAGUAUCGCCAGAGGCAGCAGGGCCCUUUGACUGCGAAUGCAGGUGACUUCGGGGCCUUUGAAAAGGUCCCUAACCAUCUCCGUGCCGCGUUCACUCCGGAAGCACUCCAGGACCUGGCCCAGUUCCCGGACGACUGGCCCGAAGUUGAAUACAUCGUCUCUCCCAUGUAUCUAGGCAACUUCAACGACCCUAUGGGCUGCCAGCCAAAAGACGGCCAUCAGUACGCGUCGGUCAAUGCUGCUCUCGUCGCUCCCGUUUCACUGGGCAAUGUCACCAUCCAGUCCGCCGACACCAACGACGCCCCCAUCAUCAACACUAACACACUGGGAUCUCGCACCGACCAGCAGGUUGCCAUCGCCGCCUUCAAGCGUCUCCGAGAGAUCUUCGAAGCCUCAGAGCUGGCACCGGUCCGCCUCGGCGAUGAGUACUACCCUGGGAAGCAGUCAGUUCGCACCGACGCGGAGAUCUUGCGGUUCAUCCAGCAGGAUGGGUUGGCGUUCUACCAUGCCGGGUCGUCGUGCGCUAUGGGCGAUCCCACUGCGGCGAACAGUACCGCUGUUGUAGAUAGCAAGGCGCGGGUGAUUGGCGUCAAUGGUGUCAGGGUUGUGGAUGCCGCAGCCCUGCCGUUCCUGCCCCCCAGCCAUAUCCAGAGCGCGAUCUGUGUCUCAGAUGCCCUGUCCGAAAAGAUUGCCGAGGAAAUCAUCAACGAAGGAUCGGAUGGGCCAACACGGUUCGAGUUGUGA